UGGACAAUAUAAGCAAGCGUUAAGAAACUUCUGUAAUGUCAAAUGGUAUAAUUUUCUAAUACACUUACACGUCAAUUUCAGGAGUCAUGGCUUCCAGUAAUAAUAUUCACUUCGAAUGGAGAAGUACAGAUGAUCUGCCGUUUCCACAAAUAUCUUUGGCAACUGUUUCAGCUUUCAUUAAUAUCUGGCCAUUUAUACGCCGACGUUUUCUUGUCAUAUCUGAAAGGUUGAUGAAGUUUGAGUUUUUAAGACAUUUAACACUUCUAAAGUACCCUAGAGAGAACAAACCCAGCAUCAUAAAUAUUGCCGUUGCCGGAUUUUACUUUUAUGGGUAUAAAGACUGUGCCGUAUGCUUUUGUUGUGGACUGUCUUUAUCUGGAAUGACGGUAACGUUUGUCCAAUUUUAUUACAUUCAGAAAAGUCACCCAGGUGCCCCUUUCUUCUUCACAAUGCAGAAAGAAAUAUUCGAUUUUUUACCGGGACGAUAAUUGAAAACCAGAUACUUCAGAACUCUUGGGUCGAUGAUCAAGUCCUUGAGCAAGCGUUAACUGUUGAUAGAAAUGUGUCUGUUGAGAGGAUAUAUGAUCAUGAAACGUUUCAGGAUCAAACUAAUGUUACAAGUGAGGUUGAUACAGAACAACCUUCAUUCUCCAUUUUCACGUAUGACUCUCUGCCAGACCCAGAAAUUUUGUACAGAUCAGUAGGGGAGGAAACUCUUCCGUCUGUUUACCAUGACGAUGUGUUUGCAAAUCUAACCAUAUUCGAAACGGUCGGAUCAUAUAAUCCCCAUUCGCAAGACAGUAGACAGGCCUCAGAUAUCGUCAGUGGCGGCCAGGCUACAAAUGAAGUAUCUCUAAAUAACAGUCAUUACUGUCCUGAAAAUGAAUUAGAAAAUAUUUCAGUUGCAGCGGGAAUGAAUAACCGAAGUGUAGGACAUUUGAAUAGUGAAGUUUCAAAUAUUGAGCGUGCAGUGAAUCCAGAUGUUAGAUUUACUGAGAGUCUGAGAAUAAAGAUUCACACAGCAUCGCAAAAUAUACCUGUUGAAAUGUUUCAGAAUAUCGGUUCCGGUUCCGUUAGUGACAUGAAUGUACACACCGAAGAAUGUCAUGAGCUGUUAGCAUUAAAUUACCUGUCUGAGAGACUUAAAAGUUUUAAUAGAUGGAAAAGGGAAACCAUAGUAAAGACAUUCGACCUAGCUAUUGCUGGAUUUUAUUACACAGGACAUGAAGACUCUGUAAAAUGCUUCUGUUGCAACAAGAUUUUAGGACACUGGGAAGUAGGAGAUGUUCCUUGGCUUGAACAUGCGAAACAUUCACCUGAUUGCUCCUACGUUAAACAAAAUUUAAGUCCAAACUUAAUUCAGGCUGUAGGCGAUGGUGAUGAAAAAGAAGUGAAAUUGUUCAAGAAUGCCUGUCUAGGAGUUAGCGAUGGAACUGUUGAAGGAGCCUGUGCUGCAAGCGAUGCAAAGGUUUCGAUUACUAAUGUGAAAACCCCAGCUGCGAAAAAGAACAGAAGGAGGGAAAAGAAAAAUCACCGAAAAUAAUGGUAUGCAAAGAACUUCGAAAUUCUGAAGAAUAUAUGGAAUUUGUGGUUGUACUAAAUAUUGAAUCAUCAGCAACGGUGACUAUAAAAUAAGUUUAUGUAUAUAGUGUCAUAGAUUAUAAUGAUUUUCUUAUUUCGUGUCUAUAACAUUUUUCUGUUGUAUAUACACAUUUAUUACGUUCUCGUAUUUCAUCUGCGUUAAGUUACAGUGGAACCGAAAACGUUAUUUUUUUUCUAUGUAGAAGUCUGAAAAUCAUAUAAUUUUAUUCAGGCUAUUGAACAAAUUCAUAAUAUUUAUAUGAUAUUAAUAUGUAUAAAUACGUUCAUUGAUAAAUAAUAUUGCGCUCCUAAUUUCGCAAAAAAAUCCACAACAUUUAUAUACUUGAUGCCUCACUUCCUUCUUUUUUACUGAAAUGCAUUAAUACUUAUCCUUUCCCUUUUUUGUAUGUUUCAUUAUAUGAUAUUUUCAUGACUUUGUAGUUUUCAUUUUUUUUUUGUUAAUAUUAGUAUCGAUAUAAUCUAUAUUAUGUGUGGUUGCUCAAGGCCAUAAGGUUUUUUGAGAAUUGUUUCUUCUUCAGUUAGAACUGACUGAUCUUUGGUCGUCUAAAAUAACAUAACAGAAGAGUAUAAUGGUUUCCAAUAGCAUUCCUAUGUUAAUUGUACAAUUUUUGAAGGUAUUGUGUUAUCAACAUUACCUCCUCCUCUAUAUUUAUGCCCACCUUCGAAGAAGGAGGGGUAUAUUGUUCUGCAAAUGUCGGUUGGUCGGUCGGUCGGUCGGAAUGUAGACCAAUCCGUUUCCGGAUGAUAACUCAAGAACGCUUGGGCCUAGGAUCAUGAAAGUUAAUAGGGAGGUUGGUCAUCACCAGCAGAUGAUCCCUAUUGAUUUUGAGGUCAGUACGUUAAAGGUCAAGGUCACAGUGACCUUGAAUAGUAAAACGGUUUCCGGAUGAUAACUUAAGAACACUUGGGCGUAGGAUCAUGAAGUUGAUAGGAAGGUUGGUCAUGACCAGCAGAUGACCCUUAUUGAUUUUGAGAUCAGUACGUUAAAGGUCAAGGUCACAGUGACCCUGAACAGUUAAACGGUUUCCGGAUGAUAACUCAAGAACGCUUAGGCCUAGGGUCACAAAAGUUUAUAAGGAGGUUGGUCAUGACCAGCAGAUGACCCCUAUUGAUUUUGAGGUCAGUAUGGCCAAGGUCAAGGUCAAUAUGACCAGGAACAGUAAAAUGGUUUUCGGGCAAUAACCCAAGAACACUUGGGCCUAGUAUCAAGAAAAUUAAUAGAUAGGUUGGCCAUGACCAGCAGAUGACCCCUAUUGAUUUUGAGGUCAUAAGGUCAAAGGUCAAGGUCACAUUGGCCAGGAACAGUUAAACGGUUUCUGAUCUUCUUGUCCAAAACCAUAGGGCCUAGGGCUUUGAUAUUUGGUAUGUAGCAAAAUCUAGUGGUCCUCUACCAAGAUUGUUCAGAUUAUUUUCCUGGGGUAAAAUAUGGCCCCAUCCUGGGGGUCACAUGGUUUAUAUAGACUUAUGUAGGGAAAAACUUUGAAAAACCUCUUGUCCAAAACCACAGGGCCUAGGGCUUUGAUAUUUUGUAUAUGACAUCAUCUAGUGGUCCUCUACUAAGAUUGUUCAAAUUAUUCCCCUAGGAUCAAAUAUGGCUCCGCCCUGGGGGUCACAUGGUUUACAUAGACUUAUUAGGGAAAAUCUUCUUGUCCAAACCACAAAGACUAUGGCUUUGAUAUUUUGUAAUGUAGCACCAUCUAGUGGUUCUCUACCAUGUUUGUUCAAAUUAUCCCUCUAGGGUCAAAUAUGCCUGGCCCCAGGGGUCGGUCACAUGGUUCAUAUAGACUUAUAUAGGGAAAAACUUAGAAUUUUCAUGUCCAUAACUAACAUCAUUCAAAUUUGGACCACAUGUAUAGUUUUGAGUGGCAAGAUGAACCUUGACAUGAGUUGACCUUGAUCUUGACCUAGUGACCUACUUUCACAUUUCUGUAGCUACAACCUUCAAAUUUGGACCACAUGCAUAGGUUUGUGUACGGAAAAAAACUUUGACCUUGUUAUUGACCUAGUGACCUACUUUCACAUUUUUGAAGGUGCAGGCUUCAAAUUUGGACCACAUGCAUAGUUUUUUGUUCCAAAAUAAAAUUUGACCUUGAUUUUGACCUAGUGACCUACUUUCACAUUUCUCAAGCUACAGCCUUCAAAUUUGAACCACAAGCAUAGUUUUGUGUACUGAAAUGAACUUUGAUCUUGAGAUUGACCUAGUGACCUGCUUUCACAUUUCUGAAGGUACAGGCUUCAAAUUUGGACGACUUGCAUAGUUUUGUGUUCCGAAAUAAAAUUUGACCUUGAUUUUGACCUAGUGUCCUACUUUCACAUUUCUCAAGCUACAGCCUUCAAAUUUGAACCACAUGCAUAGUUUUUUUUGUACCAAAAUGAACUUUGAUCUUGAGAUUGACCUAGUGACCUACUUUCACCUUUCUGAAGCUACAGGCUUCAAAUUUGGACCGCAUGCAUAUUUUUGUGUUCUUCAUUGAAUUUUGACAUUGAUUUUUACCUAUUACCUACUUUCACAUUUCUCAAGCUGCAGCCUCCAAAUUUGAAGCACAUGCAUAGUUCUGUCUACCGAAGUGGACUUUGACCUUGAAAUUGAUCUAGUGACCUACUUUCACAUUUCUCAAACCACAGCUUUUAAAUUUGAACCACAUACACAUUGUUUAGUACCGAAAUGAAAACUGACCUUGAUUUUGACCUUGAGCUAGUUUUGAAAUUUGGAACAUUCAAAAAUGGCUCAGUGGAUGGCGCCAAGAUCACUCUGUAAUCUCUUCUUAGGUUAAUAGGUUAAAGGUCUAGGUCAGAUUAAACUAGAAUGGUAGAACUUUUGUUUACAGUGAGCAUAUAAUUUCUGUUCCUUGUGCAAUUACUGAAUGCAUCAAGUGGGGCAUUUCGUGUUCGACGAGCUCUUGUUAUAUCUUGAAUUUGCAUUUGUUUUAGUGUCAAUUUCGUUGUUCAUAACAUAUAUUAUUGCACUGAAUUAGCUUGUUGAGCUUGUUGAGCCGUUCCAUAUACUUGCAAUGAGCUCAUUAAAACCCAUUUUGUACGAUACUGUAUCAAACACAUUGAUAUGUGUUUUUCUUUUACUUAAACUUUUUGUAUGAACUGUAUUACCAUGAAAUUUUAUAAAGAAAGCAGAAAAGAGUAGUAUUAUUACUUAAAACCUCUGGCAAAUAUUCAGAGAAACCAUUUUAAGUAUUAUUAAGGAAAACUUAUGUAAAGUAAGUUUUAAUAACAGCAAGAAGUCUAUUAUAUAAAGAUGUGUUUAAUUAUCCUGGGGGUAUUUCAAAGAUUAUGAAGAUCUAAAUGGAAAAUAUUUUUUGAUUGAUUGAAACAGUAAACAACAUGGAAUGAACACACAGAUUAUUAUAAAUGAUAACUAUACUUGAACUGAAGUGUUAAGAUUGUAUACUGUAUACAAUGAGUAAAGUUAUACUCACCAGAGUUUUAUGAAUGGAUUACAAAUGUUUUACAGGAAAAACACAGACCACCAAUUUUUAAAGGUCAGUGACUACUAAUUUUUUAAAGUUAGGAACCACUAACGUUUAAGGUCAGUGGCCACUAACUUUUCAAGGUCAGUGACCAUCAUAUUUUAAAGGUUACAGUCCACCAUUCUAUAAAGCAGAAUAAAGUUUGCUGACUUUUCCCUAACCGAAUUCAACCUUUCCUGAAUUUCGAAUUCACUGAAACUUAACAGGACACCUAUGAGCAUGAUUAAUAAAUGUUGGCCUCAUUCGACACUUUAAAGCAGAACUUGUAAAGAUCGACGACUGUAACAGUGUAUCGAAUACACAUGGCUGCUUCCUUCUCACUAUGCAGUACAGUGCACAUUUAAUAAUUUUACUGACUUACGGCAAUGCACAUCAUUUGAAGCAGUAACUGUUUCAUAGUUUUAGUAUCUAUAUGUACUUAAAUAUCAAAAUAACAUAACGGUCGCUUCAAAUUUUGUAUUCAGAAACUAUUGUAAUAAUGUGUUUGCAGUCGGUUGAUUAGUAAAUGUACGAGGUCAACAUUUAGAAAAAUAUUUUUUCAUACUUAUUUUAAAGGUCUAGAUCUUGGCAGUGGUCUGGUGGCUAAUGACUUUUACACUAUAAUUCCAGUAUAUAGUGGUAAUUGUUUAUUGGAAAGUCAGUCUACCUUAUAACUGUAUCAAUUAGUGAGAAGAGUAAACAGUGUAUAUAUUAUUAAACUUUUAUAAUAUGUAAUAGCUAAACUUUAUAUCUGUUUUUGGCAUUUUUUUAUUAGAAGAAAAUGUUUGUUGUUAAAACAUAUUGAAAAAGUAAUAAUAAGAAACUUAUCUAGGAAUAUAUUACAAAUUUCAUCAUGUUUAGGAAGAAAAAUAUUUUUUUUUCAUGUUCUAUCACAUUCAAAUUUGUUUUUAGGAGAAAUAAGACAUUCACUCAUCUGAAGUUUUAUUUUACUGCUUUCUGGAUAUUGUUAAGGACUGAAAACCGAAUGUGCAUUUCGGUGUUAUAAAGUCAAUCAUGAAAAAGGUACACUUCAUACAACUUAUUAAUGAAAUUGAAAAUUCAUUAUAGAUAAAACACAGCAAUUUGAUUUUAUUUUGUCAAAUUACAGUCACAUAAUGGUGAUUGUAUGAAUAUAAGAUAAAUAUUUUCCCAUUCUUUUUAUAAACAUAAUGGUAAGAUCACUUUCACUGGUAUGUCAUUUUUUAUCAUUAUGAUAUUGGCAGAUAUUGAUUGUCAGUACAAGUAAAUUAUUAUUUGUUUGUUUUGGGUUUAACGCCAUUUUUCAACAGUAUUUCAGAUAUGUAACGGCGGGAAGUUAACCUAACCAGUGUUCCUGGAUUCUGUAUCAGUACAAACCUGUUCUCCGCAAGUAACUGCCAACUUCCCCACAUGAAUCAGAGGUGGAGGACGAAUGAUUUUAGACACAAUGUCUUUUAUCAAAUCGUCAUGGAGAACACAGGGCUCGAAUUCACGACCCCCAGAUCCGUAGAUCUGCGCUCUCCCUAUUGAGCUAAGCGGGCGGGCAGUAAAUUAUUGAGUUUACUUAUAAUAAUAAUUAUUAUUACUACAAUUUUUAUUAUCACUAUAAAUAAUAAUGAUUAUUAUUAUUAUUAUACAUUCACUGAAGGACAAUUAAUUCCUUUCAACUUCACUGCACAGAUUAUCAUGGUCUAGUGUUGACCCCUGUUGUGCUAACUGCCCAUCAGUUAGCUACUAUUACAUAAUCGCUGAUAAGCAGCAGAUAAGACAGGAGCUGUUUAUUGGAUUUGGGUGAGUGGGGGGGGGGGCACUUAUAUAGUAGUGGAUCUAGGCCUUUAAGCACGUCAUUUGAUAGUUGACAAACGAAUCGCAAUUCAGCUAAAAAUGUAAAUAUUUUAUUUUCAUAUUGCAGAAUCAAUACGUACAUUUUACUUUUUUCUUGCAUUUUAGUGUGCCCUUAUUUUUUAAAAUAUACUUUAUACGGUAUCAUAAUUUGCACAAUGAAUAAUUAUUUUAUUAUACAUAAUUGAUUGGUACAAGAAGCUGUGAUACAUUAUGUGACUUUGAAAAGAUUCAUCCUAUAUGUACAAGGCCACAUUGCAAACUAAAACGUCAAUUACAAGUCAUUUAUUUGAAUUGCAUCUUUUAUUUGAUAGUUUGCAAUGUGUGAGACUGCCAAUGUACAUGACAAAUCAAACUGCCCAAUGGAAAAAAAGACAGUUUUCGAAAUUAUUUUCCAACCAUUUGAAAGUAAAUGUAAGAAAGUAACAGUGUUAAUGUUAACCGGAUGGAGGUUAAGUAAGAAAAUCAAGACAUUACGUACGUGGAUAAUUAAAAAACAACAACAACAACAACAAUAGAUGUGUCUUAAAUAUGCUUACAUAAGCUUAACGAUAAUAUUCCAUUUGUAUUCGAAUUGUUUUUAAUUUGUGUCUCUAAUUUCACUUGUGGCUUCAUUUACCAUAUCAAGGAUGUAUCAUGUUUGUUAAGAUUUUGCUGUGUUACUCAAGCAUGCUGUAAAUAUUGCCAUUAUUUUAUUUCAUGCUGACCUUCAAAUAUGUUAAUGUUUUUAUUACACUUUAAUUUAUAGAUUCAUAUUUUUUUCACUAGCAUAUAAGUUUUAAUAUUAUCCCUGUUGUUGAUUUACUGACCCCAUAGUGACUUAUUGUGUUUCCCCCUACUAUGGGAGACAUACUGUAUAAUCUGGUAAAUAAGCCUAUACGCUUAUAAUAAUUUUAGUGGCACUUUCAUGCGCCUAUUUUUGAUAUGCGCUUAUACUUAAGCCGAAACUAUGCGCUUAUAGACAAUAGCAAAAAGUGGAAACUUCACAGGUCGCUCAACACGACAAAAACGAAAAUGUUGCAGGCUCGUGUGCGUCUAUUUUUGAUAUAUUUGAAAAUUGACAGUGCAUACCUCGGUUGAGAAAACGAAAGUAAAACAUGGACAUGGACAUGCGCAGUGAACUACUUCCUUUUAUUGCAUACAGUAUUUAUACAUAAUGAAAGCAGAGUGAUCAUAUUGCAAAUAAUGUAUACUUUCAUAAAAGUCAACAAUUUCUAAUUUCUAUUCCCUAGAAUAGGGUUUGCGUUUAAAAGGCAUUUUAUCCAUAUUGUUUUCACAGAUUUACACAAGAAUGAUAAACUGUAAUGAGAAUGCAAACAACUUUUCCGGUAUUCAAACUUCUAUUUUCAUUUACUGUGAAAAUUUUCUAUUCAAAAAGCAUGAUUAUCGUAAACGAUUAACGUUUUACCAGACAAUAUACGUUAAAUCUUUUAACACCCAUCGGCUAUUCAACAGGUAAAACACUUGUCACCUUUAUUCAUGAUAAACAAUUACCCGGUUAACCAUUACCGUUAAUUACGUCUUUUUGCUGCAUCUGUUGUUUGUUUACCAGUAAUCGGGUACGCGCCUUUUUUCGAGACAAAAUUACGGUAAGGGCAUGACAUGCGCUUAUUAUCCUAUACAUAAUAACGGUAAGGCCGUAUGCGCUUACUUUUGAUGUGCGCUUAUAUUCGAAUAUGCGCUUAUUCACCAGAUUUUACAGUAUUGUUUUUGCUCUGUCCGUCUGUUCGUUAAACCACAUUUCCGAUGAAUUUGACCUAUAACCUUCAAACUUCAAAGAAUGAUAGGGCUUACGGAGUAAAUGGCCCUUAUAGCCUUUGGGAUUAAUCCAUCAAAGGUCAAAGUCACAGGGGCCUAAACAUUGAAAACAAUUCCCGAUAAAUACCCAAGAAUGUUGAAACUUUUUAGGAUAAUUGGACAUGCUAUGACCCCUAUUGAUUUUAGGAUCAAUCGAACAAAGGUCAAUGUCACAGGGUUCAGAAUCAAUCAUACUUCAUUUUGGAUCAAUAACUGCAGAUCCAUUUCACCUAGAACCUUCAAACCUCAUACAGUGAUAGGACUGAUAGAGAAAAUGACCCUUAUCAAUUUUGGGGUCAUUCCAUUAAAGCUCAAGGUCACAGGGCCCUGAACAUGGAAAAUCGUUUCCAGUCAGUUACUUGGCAACCAUUUGACUCAGAAUGUUGAGCCUUCAUAGGAUUGCUAGACAUGCAGAGUCGAUGAUCCCUAUUGAUUUUGGGGUCACUCAAUUAAAGGUCAUGGGGCCAGAACAUGGAAAACCGUUUCCAGUCCAUAACUUGUCCAUAACUGGAUAACCAUUUAAACCAGAACAUUGGAAUUUCAUGGGACGGUUAGACAUGCUGAGUAGAUGAUCCCUUAGGCUAUUGCUGUUUCAGGCACUAAGCCAACCAUCCUUUUUUAUGCCCCCGAAGGGAGGCAUAUAGUUUUUGAACCGUCUGUCUGUCUGUCGGUCUGUUGGUCUGUCAGUCAGUCGGUCUGUCAGUCUGUCGGUCUGUCCGCAAUUUUCGUGUCCGGUCCAUGUCUUUGUCAUCGAUGGAUGGAUUUUCAAAUAACUUGGCAUGAAUGUGUACCACAGUAAGACGACGUGCAGUGCGCAAGACCCAGGUCCGUAGCUCAAAGGUCAAGGUCACACUUAGACGUUAAAGGAUAGUGCAUUGAUGGGCGUGUCCGGUCCAUAUCUUUGUCAUCGAUGGAUGGAUUUUCAAAUAACUUGGCAUGAAUGUGUACCACAGUAAGACGACGUGCAGUGCGCAAGACCCAGGUCCGUAGCUCAAAGGUCAAGGUCACACUAAGACGUUAAAGGAUAGUGCAUUGAUGGGCGUGUCCGGUCCAUAUCUUUGUCAUCGAUGGAUGGAUUUUCAAAUAACUUGGCAUGAAUGUGUACCACAGUAAGACGACGUUUAGUGCGCAAGACCCAGGUCCGUAGCUCAAAGGUCAAGGUCACACUUAGACGUUAAAGAUCAUUUUUCAUGAUAGUGCAUUGAUGGGCGCAAGACCCAGCUCCGUAGGUCAAAGGUCCUAAAAUCUAACGUUGGCCAUAACUAUUCAUUCAAAGUGCCAUCGGGGGCAUGUGUCAUCCUACGGAGACAGCUCUUGUUCCUUGAAUUUCGCACCUGUCCCCUAUUGACUUCUUGUCUAUUACUACUAUGCUUUGGGGGAGACAUACGCUUUUCUACAAAAGCAUAUUCUAGUUUUUUAAAGUGUUAUAUGCCAUUGUCUAAUAGUUUUUAUCGUUAUUUUGCAUCUUAACUCAGUACAGUUUUGAAUAUGUUAAUUUAGUAGUAUUAUAACUUGUUACCUUGUUUUAAAGUUGACACUAAUAUUAGAGAAAAAUAUGGGAUUUGAUGUAUACUAUGUCCAUACUUACCUGUAGUAUGAGGAAACAAACAUAAUUAACAAAAUUUUGUAUCUAAAAACAAAAACAUUUUGAAGUAUAGAGCGCAAAAAAGACAAACAACAGCGGACUCGAUUUUGUAAAUGAGUUGAGAAGUUAUGUAAUAUGCAAUACCCAUCACGCCCUUAAGUCACCCCAGGCUGAAUCUCUGCUACAAAAUAUGAAAGAAAAGGCCAACAGAUCAAAGUAUUGUGCAUUUUAUUUUUAAAUUUACAUUUGAUAUCAAACUCCGUUGCACAGAAGGUAAGCAUUCAAUAGUUGAUUUUUAAAGGUCAUAGAUUAUUUAUUGACCUUCUAAUAAUUGUUUGCGGUAUAGAAGCGUUGCACCAUUUUAGCACCAGAAUUCAGGUGAAACUUGUGAAAAAACGUGUGAUAUCUUAACAUCACCAAGCGUUGUAAAAUGCACCUGAUACCACCAUUUACCUACCUGUUUUUUUAACUUUUGUGUGUGUAGGGGGAAGGGGUGUUCGGGUUGAGCGUCUUUUUUUUUCAUUCGUCAGUUUAACAAACAAACCUAUAACCUUCAAACUUCAAAGAAUUUUGAAAUAGACAAAAUAUACGCUAUGUGACGCAGUGAGUUUUUAUCGAGUUGCUAAAUGAAUUUAACAAAAUUUCUUGAACUUAUUGAUUCACCAACUGUUUUGUCACAACUAAGAUAUAAAGAGGAAAUACGCUCCAGUUUAAGGACUGCACAAACAGCACGCACUUUUGUACAAAUUGAAAAAAGAAAAACAAAAACAUAAUACAUAGAUGUAGUCGGGAAUGGUUUUAUACUUUGUUUAGUGUGUGCUUUGAUCGACAGUGUCCAAUUUAGGACACGUUCUUACUAACUUCUUUUAAUAAUGUACAUAUUAGAUAAGGUUUUAUUUUAGAUAGGAUAUAUCUCAAUCAGGCCUGGAUCCAGGGCCGUACCCAGGAGCGGGGUGGGGCGGAGGUGCAACUAUUUUGGCAAAGGAAUGAUAUUUUCUCAAAAUUAAGACCCAAAAAUGCACCAGAGGCCACCAUUUCAUGCCUGUAUUGCAAAACUUUCCAGGAUGAGACCUCCCUUGACCUUCCUAGAAUGAGAGGAGUACCUCAAAAUUUUGACAAGAAAAUGCAAAGAGGACACCAUUUCAUACAUAUAUUUCAAAAAUGACUUGGGGGAGACCCCCUGACCACGCCAACCUCUAACACGAGCGGAGGGCCCCCUCCCGUACCUAUUCUAACUCGGCACAGUGCGUCUCGCCGCUGACGCCUUCUUUCUAUACGGAUCCUUGCCGAUCCCUCCGAGUAAUAUUUCUGGAUCUAGGCCUGCCCAAUUACUGAUUAGACGUUGAAUAAAAUAAUUGUUUGCUGUUCAGAUGCAAAAGAGGUACGUAUGUCACACAGUAUAAUAGAUUAUCUACAUCAUUGUCGACAUCCGCCGAAUAGUUUUGCAUGGUUUUCUUCUUUAGCGCGCCGCUAUAUCGUUUGACGCUGUUAAGGACUAACAUUGAUUUUUUUGCAUGAUAACACACAUUCUUCAGUCUUCUUUGUCUAACAGGCAAAUAAAUCGUGUCAUGUCAGGAUUUUGUAUUUCAUUUCAAUGUAAAUUGAUAAUAAUAAUAAUGAUAAUAAUAAUAAUAAUAAUAAAUGGUUCAAAUACAAUCAGCCCUUAACAAAAUACAACCACGUGAGCAGAGACCACCUGACUUUAAAGACCAUAAUUUCAUUUCUUAGUUAAACAUCGUUUGCAAAGUAUUUUAACUUGCAAAACUUGACUCUCAAAAAGAUGGUCUUUAUAGUUUGACUAAUGUUAAAACAGUUAUCUUGCGUUUGAAGGCAGCAUUCACAGAAGCGAUAAGCGGUCAUGCACAGUUAAAGCAUGUAUACAGUUAAUAUUAAGCUAUGUUGCAUUCUAUUUUACGUUCAUCAUACAAGCGAUAGCACAAAAGAAAGCAUUAUUUAUUAGCGGCAGUUAAAGCGCAGUAGAUAUAAGUAAGAAAUAGACAUUUAUGUCAUCUGUACAGUUGUGCGCAAGUUCUCCUUAGUAUAUCAGCAUUGUUAUCUGCAUAUUAUUGCUAGCUAAUAAUAUUGAUGCAUGUAGUGCUUUGCUGUUAAUUCGUGUAAAAAUAUGAAUAAAUAGCAUUUACAUACUCUUCGUUUGUUGUUUAAUCUAUUAGAAUAUACUAUCUGUAUUAAGUUUAUUACUCAGGGUACAUAUAUCGCACUAUACCAUCCACAGGAGCAGUUGGCUUACCUGUUAUGUGCUUAUUUGAUUACCAUGAUUGCCGAUACGUACAUUUAAAUAAAUAGAAACAGUUUUUGAUGCGUUUUAAGCGUAAAUGAACGAGAACUCUACAAAUAAUCAGCCGUCUUUUUAUUAUUUUGGUCCCUUUUUGGCCAAAGACAAUUAUUGACAAACUGUACAAUUAUACUAUUAUCGCUGUGUGUGUAAAAGGCGAGCAUAUUUGUCUUUAUUUCUAAGUAAAAAUCUAUUCUUUUGUUUUAUCUAAUCAGAGCUAUUAUAUUUCGUUCUUUUCAGAUCGUUCAGCACGUCUUUUUUGUUGUGUUAUUGGUACUGUUUAGUUUUUCAGCUUAAACAUUUCGGCUUGGAUGGUUCCAAUACACCCGCUUUCAUAGCUUUGCGUAUUGUUUAAUCACCCCUUUGAUAUGGUGCCUGCUUUUUAAUUUUUCUGUGAUAUGCAGGCUCCGUAACCCCAGAUCCCUUUUCUGAAUUCUGUUUGUUUAAUUCUGCUCAUUGUUUUCUCGUUAUGUUAUAAAAUUUUAUAUAACAGAUAAACACUGGAAAGAAAAAUGUGAAUAUGAACAGGUUUAGUUCGCAGUAUAACAUUUACUUAUCACGACAGCCUGUUCUGUUAAUUACCUUGACAUUUCUUUUCAUAAAUUGCAUUUCAUCAAAAUAACCACAAGUUCUGAAGCUUUAUUACCAUAGCCGCAAUAAAUUUAUUCAUUUGCAUUUGUCGUUUCUUAAAUGUAGUCCAAACUACUGACACCAGACCAGAAAGAAAAUGCCUCUUGACAAGCUAUACCUUACCCCUAGGUAUAUUAUAAGAACCAUGAUCAUGAACGGAAAAAUAUACUAACCCAUUUCAAUCGCGCAUUUCUCACCUAAAAGGCGCAGUUCGGUAAAUAGGUACAAUGCAUGUUGAACAAGUGGUAAUUUAUCUUCCAUCCUGCCAAAGUCACACUGUGUAAAUAGUUCAUAUGUUAGAGACUCUCCGCAUAUUUUAUGCUUUCGUCAACGUUACAGAAAAAAAACUUGGAUGAACUUCUUUUGUUGUAUAAAUGUACAACAAUCAUACAAUUUUUUAUUGGCCAUUCCUUUAUUGGUAUUGUUUGAUAUUAAAUAAAAUGUGACACAAUGUUUGGAAUCUUUUUAAUUGAUUUCCUUUAUAAAGGGAAUUUAACUAGCUUAUGAAGGUGAAGGAUACAAAUAUAUAAAGUAAAACCAAAAAGUGUUUGUGUUUCGGCGGUAACAGAGAAAUUGACAUUUGUCUAUUUCGACAUUGUAAGAUUUUACUUUGAAAGUAAAGAUCUGAGGAAUACUAUAACUGACAUAACUUCAAGAUUAAACUAGAGCGCUUUCAAAUAAGGGAACAUGUAUCAUUUUGUAUCAUUUUCUAGAAGGCAUUCGCUUCCACAUUUCAUUCAGUGUCCAUAUGUAAAAUAUAAAUUUGCCAUGCAUGUGUGACGUUCUAUGUAUAUCGCCGUUUGAACAUAACUGUGGAUGUUUCUAGAUUUUAUUUUUGUAAUCGUAACAUGUACAGAUGUCCACGAACAAGCUCAAUCAAACCCAGCCUGCAACAUUUCCAUUUUUGCCGUGCUAGGCGACCUGUGGGUUUUCACUUUUUUUCUAUUUUAUCAAAAAUCACGUUAUAUUGAAGUACAGAAUGAAAAAGUUUAUGUAUUGAAAUAAACACAGAUUUUAACCCUAAAGCAAAACAAACAGUUAUAUUUUUGUUUCAAUUGUCCAAACCAGCUGACAAAGUUGUAAGGUAUAUGAAUGUGCUAUAAAGCAAUAAGUGUCGUUUUUAUCGUUUGCGCUUUUUCCCUUCCUUUCUAUUUGGCUUGUGCCUCUGACAUCCCGCCAUGUUACCUAAAUUGGAAAAUUAUUAUUAUUAUACCAGAUUUAUAUAGCGCCCUUUUCAUAAUCAAUUUCACGUUCAAAGGCGCUUUACAUAGUUCAAA